AUGGUCACAAUGAACGGGUUCACAGUCACUCCGAACCACAGGCAAAACAGGCGUCGAGAGCGGCCUGGUUCACGGUCUCGUCGGACCAUUACUCGGAAAUCCAGCAUACAGAACGAGUACACCGAAGGAUUGCUGGAUGCCUAUGACUCCAGCGUCUAUCUCCCCUCGGACAAAGCCAGGCCCUCUCCCCUUCUGCGGGAGAACUUUCACCAGACAUGGCAGAGAUGGAAGGCCAGAGAGGCAGAGGAGAUGGCGCUUCAACUAGAGAAAGUACAGUUGGAACAAGCAGAGCAGCAGAGAUUGUACGGUGGCGAAGUCUCUGACGACGUGAGUCUUUGUCCAGCCAUGCUCAGUGUAGUCAUGUCUCUGUUCGGCGACAUAGACUAUAUUGAUCCAUGA